AUGGCCAGCGACUCCAGCCAGAAUGGGGAGACAAAGGGUUAUUCCCAGGGUCUUUCCACAGUCCCUACCCAUGUCACCCUGUCCGCCGACCAGUUCGAGAGGCUGUACUUGACGCCCAUGACGCAGCGCCAGUCCGGCCUGGCUAAGCAAGUGGGAAACCCGACACCAUUGGCACUCGGGGGUUUUGUCAUCACUACAACUCCUCUCUCGUGCUGCUUGAUGGCCUGGAGAGGAGCGACUGGAAACGGAAUUGCAUUCACCGGCCCCAUCAUAUUUCUUGGUGGCCUUCUCCUGCUCAUCACGAGUGUCCUCGAGUUCAUCCUUGGAAAUACCUUCCCCUGCGUUGUCUUCGGUACCAUCGGUGGCUUCUGGUUUGCGUUCGCAGCCACCAUGAUUCCCUCUUUCAAUGCAGCCGCCCCCUACUCCUCGUCAGCAACCGAUACAAGCGCCGGGCUCACCAGCGCUGGGUUCAUGAAUACAUACGCAUUCCUUUUCAUAACCAUGGCCGUCCUCAUGCUCAUCUUCAUGGUCUGCGCCCUGCGCACAAACGUCGUCUACACCCUCAUCUUCCUCUCCCUGCUCAUGGUCUUCCUCAUGCUCUCCGCCGGCUACUGGAGACUCGGCGAGGGCGAGUCCGACGUUGGGAAUCGAUGCGUGAUAGGCGCCGGGGCAUGUCUCUUCGUCGCAAGUCUACUUGGUUUCUACCUCCUGAUCGCGCAGCUAUUUGACUCCGUUGGGCUUCCGUUUAAGUUGCCAGUUGGGGAUUUGGUUGCGCUUUGGCCUGACCAGACCAAUAAGUGA